AAANUGGACUGGAUUCCUGGAAUGGAGAACUUUCGGCUGAAGGACAUGGUUGACUUCUUAUGGACAACGGAUCCAAAUGAUGUACAUUUGCAGUUUUUCGUUGAAUUGGCAAAUACAGUUGAAAAAAACUCGAUAAUUCUUUUUAACACAUUUGACGAACUUGAGGAAGAUGUACUGAAUGCUCUAUCGUCUAUUUUUCCUUCUCUUUAUCCCAUUGGUCCGUUCUCUUUACUUUUAAACCAAAGUCCACAUCACCACUUGGAAUCUUUAGGUUACAAUCUUUGGAAGGAAACUGAGUGUGUUGAUUGGCUCGAAUCCCAGAAACCUCGAUCUGUUAUUUAUGUGAAUUUUGGCAGCAUCACAGUUAUGUCCGCAGAGCAAAUGUUGGAGUUUGCUUGGGGUUUGGCCAACAGCAAGAAACCGUUUUUGUGGAUCAUCAGGCCCGAUCUUGUCGCCGGAGGUUCCGUGAUUCUGUCAUCAGAGUAUGUGAAUGAAACUAGAGACAGAAGCCUAAUUGCAAGCUGGUGUCCACAGGAGAAAGUGUUGAACCAUCCUUCAGUUGGUGGUUUCUUGACUCACUGUGGAUGGAACUCAACGACUGAAAGUAUUUGCGCCGGAGUCCCAACCCUGUGCUGGCCAUUUUUUGCAGAACAGCCAACAAACUGUAGAUAUAUGUGCAGUGAGUGGGAGAUUGGGAUUGAGAUUGAUAGCAAUGCGAAGAGAGAGGAGGUGGAGAAGGUGGUAAAUGAGUUGAUGGUAGGGGAGAAGGGAAAGAAGAUGAGAGAAAAGACGAUGCAGUUAAAGAAGAAAGCGGAGGAGGCAACAAGACCCGGUGGUCGGUCAUACAUGAACUUGGACAAAGUAAUUAAGGAGGUGUUGCUUAAGCAGAAGACAUCAUUCGAUUAAAGGUUGUUUCUUUUUCAUAAUGUUCUCCUUUAGAACCUGUUGCGAAAUAAUGGGGGCGGUUUGGAACGCCUUGUAGAACUACCCAAUAUCUUCUUCUUGACAUUUCAAAGUGCAUUCAUUUCCUAUCUUUGUAAGGAUAUUUACAGACUUGUUAUCGAUUAAUUAAUUCUCAGCUUAUAUAUAUUUUGAUAUUAGUCAGUAUUUUCACACAAUAGGUAAAAUGGACACGU